CGGGUUUGCACUGUGUUUGCAUUGUGAUGGUAUUGGUGGUACAGGACAGAGUGGAGAUGACCGUUGGCUCAUGCGCUGAACUGUUGGUUUAAGUGAUUUUUAAUUUUGGGCCUACCAUAUUCUAUUUCCGGAGGGUUCUUUCCAGGAUUUGGAGUUAGCAGAAAUGAGAAAUGUACAAGGGGGUUUGUUAUCUGACUGAAAGAGCUCAACAAGACGGCAUUCUUUUUCUCAGUUGGUGGGAAAUGUUUUUGUGAGUUGAAUCUAUACUGGUGCAGUACAUUCUCCUGGUUAAGGUUGUUGACAUCCUUUCGGAAGGUGGAAGCAAAUGCCUGUUUUAACCGAAAUAGACGUUACAACUUGAAAUUGAGCUUGUCCAAACAAGGAAGCAAGACACCUCUUUGCUGCUCUACAGCAACAUUACAACAUUAUAAAUCUCUGUCUACAGCCUUUUGGACUUUCUCAUUUUGGACUUUGUUUGGGAACCAACACCAUGCCUGUAAUUGUACUGGAGGCCAGUGAUCUGACAAGCCCUCUGUCGCUGGUGCGUAUGUGGGCUCUCCUGUCCGGUUGCCUCACCUUCAGCCUGGUAGCCUCUCUGGUUUCCCCAGAGCUGAGCUCUGACACCCACCAGUCCUCCUUCAGGAUCCUCUGCAUGUUCACCUGGUGCCUCUUCUUCAUCCUCACCUUCCUAAUCCACGUGGUCAACAUCAUCCAGUUCCACAGCCUGGUCCCCAUCUCCUGGAAGAACCUGACCGUGACUGUGGCGGCUCUCGCCGCCCUCAUGACCUUCAGCGCCUCGGUCACCUUUCCUUGGGCGGUCAUGGGUCAUGAAGGUGUCUGGCCCCGUCCUAUCGCCGCCUCCUUGGCAUCGUGUCUCACCUUCCUGGCCUAUGCAACCGAGGCCUACCUCAUCCGCACCCAGACCCAGGACCAGAAGGGCUACAUGGCCAGCGUACCCGGCCUGCUCAAGGUGCUCCAGCUCUGGGGAGGAUGUGAGAUGAUCGUCCUGGUGGUGGAGCAGGUCCGUGGAGCUUUGGUAAAAGGAGCCGGGGUAGGGUUGGCAGCUGUGGGUUGGCAGCUAUGGGUGUCUGGGGUGGUGUAUGCCCUCUGUCUCCUAAUGUCCCUGGGUACAGUGAUGGUGGUUCUAGGGGACUGUGCUGGGCGAUGCCCUCUGCCCUUUGACCGCCUGUUGGCAAGCUUCAGUCUGACAGGGGUGCUUCUCUAUGUGGUCGCCACCAUACUGUGUUUUACCAGAGUCCUGGAGCAACAAAACCCCGGCCAAGAGUACACAGACAGGAAAACUGGGCCCACCCUUGUUGUCAUGGAAGCAGUGAUGACCAGCAUUACUCUGCUAGCUUACACAGUGGACCUGGCCUUCUCUAUCAAACUGCUGCGGGAUAGGAGUCGUGCCUGAAAAAGACACGCUUGGAUAGUUGACCUUCAGAACACAUAACAUGUACAUUAUGGAUAUUAACAAAGUCAUCGUGUAUUAUAGGAGAAGGGGACACAUUGCCAAAGUCCAUGAAAUAUUAUGUACUGUUGAUGUCAAUUGUAUAUUGAUUGGAGCCUUGAAAAUGAAAAACAAAUGUCAUAGAUAUUUUCAUGUACGAUAUCAUGUGCACAGAUUUGGGGAUUAGUUCCAGUACAUGUAAUUCAACUAGUAAUUUAACUACAUGUUGCAGUAGCUUGGUGAUAGUUUAACUAAAUUCUAAUAUUUGUAGUGUUUUCAGUGGUCAAUUACUUGUUUGCCAUGUAGUGAUGUAGCUUUUACUGCAACUGGUGAGUUCCACCAAUUCGGUGCCUUUUAUGAGAUUCUUUAAUUUGGUGAAAAAAACCUGUUUGAUUUCAACUCAUUUGAACAUUCUGUCAUAAUGAGCACAUGUUCAACUUAAUAAAAAACACGUUUUCUGAUCUCAAAAAGGUGAAAUAAAUAAAAACGAUUAUAGUAAGGGCCUAUUAAGUGCCAAAUAAAGUAACAGGCUUGACUGUAACAGGGUUGAUGAUUUCACCUUAAAUUAGCCAUGAAUCCCCGUGUGACAAGUGGAAUGGAAGCUUGUUGUGUACAACAGGUAGGGGCAAUUGAACGCAAGUGUCACCCCAAAAAAUGUAAGUGUCAAAAUAUUUCUAGCCUAUUUAUGAGUUACAGGGUGGACGCAUUAUACUCGACCCACUCAAUUAUCCAUAACAAAACACCAGAAAAUAGCCAAAAAGAGUGGAACCAGCCCACCUGCUUUUCCAGAGGAUUGAAUCGGUCACAUUCUAAAUGUAAUCCGUCAGUUACUAGUUACUUGUCCAAAAUUCUAAUCAGUAAAGUCAUUUAUGGAUUACCUUAGCUCAGUAACAUCAUUUGAUUACUUUCAGUUACUUCUGAAUUACUUUCCCCUUAAGAGGCAUCAGAAGAAGACGACAAAAAUGGAUCCAUCAAAUGUAUUUUGUGUGUCAUCACUCGCUCAGGUGGAACAAAGUUAUGCUGUGUUUGUAACCAAGUGAGAAGUGCAGAUUUACCACAUACGACUGGGAAAAACCCACUUUAACGACCCUCCAACUGGUCAUUACUAGUGGGAAACUCGUCUAUCAUCCUGAGCUCCCACUUCUUUCACAUGCUGACUUCUGACGUCACCGACUAGAAAUUACCUUGAUAUCAGCAUUUUCUGCAGUUAAUUAAAUGCAACAAAACAAUAUUUAUAAAAAGAAAGCUAUUCAUAUGGUUUUGAACACUACAAUUUGUUGACAAGCAUGAUAGCUGUACUUUUAGUGUAUUAGUUUACACAGCUUUGUUGGCCAUUAGCCAAUCAGUGUUCAAAGUACAUGAAUGCCUCCAACUGGUAUUUAGGACUUCACAACUGGUAAAUUCCUACCUCCCACUUGGUUACAAAGCAGCAAUUCACAUGCACCUUUUUUCAAUGCUGAAUUGAAUGUCAUUGAGAAAACAGAAAGGUGUCAUAACGUAUUUUUCCCCCAGCAAACGCCCUUUCUGAAUUUAAAAGUAAUCAACAAAAAUGAUCAUUCUAGUCUUUCAAAAGUAUCUGUUAUCUGAUUAAAAAUCUUUUUGCUGGCAGCUAACCGAUUACAGUUAUUUAUUUUCUUGUUAUUCAGAUUACAUGUUACUACCCAGCCCUGCAUUAACACUAUUAUUUAACUAUUAGAUGUUCAAUGUUUCUUUUAGUCAAAAAAUAUUUAAACAGGAAUAGUUUUACCAUAUUAAAACAAGAGUUCAGUUCAUGUAACAGGGUUGACCUUAAAAUGAGGCACAGAGUCCUUAAAACGAAUCACUAAUCACAUGAAAUAAAUAAUCAUCUUCAGAAAUGACUGUCAAAGCAACAAGAUGACUAAGGCUUUACAAUGAUGGUGUAUACUUGGAUAUAUUUUGGGGUUAAGUGGGUUACAAACUUCCUGGAAGUCACAGAGGAUGCGUGGAGGGAUAUUUGAAAAUGCUGGAUUUUGGCACUUGAGAAAAUCUUUAUUCAAAAAAAAAAAAAAUCGGAUUGAUUGAAUUCUCCAUGUGGUUUAUAUUAAAGGGCACUUCAUUGAAAAUAAAGGGGUUUUAAAAUGUAAUAUUGGUGCACAAUUUCUACUUAAACUAUCAAAAGGUACUCAUUUCGUGGAACAAGCCAACUGCCCACUACAUUUCCUACAUUAAAAAAAUAUAUAGCUAAAAAAAAGAAAAAGAAUAACUUCAAUAUUAGGAUGGUGUUCCUAAUGUUUUGUAUACUCAGUGUAUAUUUGUAUACUCAGUGUAUAUUUGUAUACUCGGUGUAGCUUUGCUCUAGCUGAACUUCUUCCAGUGUGAAGUAAUUGGUAACUUGGUAAACCAUUUUUAUAUUUCUUAGAUUUGUAAAAUAAAUGUGAAAUAAUCAAUCAUUUUCAUCUAUUGAAACUGACAUAAUACACAACGAUUUGACUGAUCCUGAGACAUACACAUAAACAUAAGAAGACUACAGUUGAGACUUGAGAAGAAGUGAGGGCUUAUUAAGGGAAUAAAUCAAUUAAGGGAAUAAAUGAAAACAAAAGACUAACAUCACAUGUAUUCUGUGUCACACCAUUACCAUAACCCAACUGGGGAGUUGGUAUGCAGACAAAUGUCAUCACACUGCAGAUUUCAGAUACGGUGCCAACUGCCAUGUUUCUAUCUGGGCAGAAUUCUCUUUCAUCUUGUCUGCAUGCAAGGGGCUUAGUGAUUUCAUUUAGAAUACUUUGAGUUUGUAACUUGUCUUGCUUAUGGUUCUGUCUUUGAGAGAUGAAAGAUACAUAGUUAGGAAGGAAGUGAUUGAAUUGAUAAGACAUCUUGAACAAGCAAGGUAUGGUGCAGUUGAAUAGAGUCUGUGACGAAUCUAAACAUAGUCUAAAUGUCAUUAGUAUAAAGUAAACAUGUGCAUUAAAUGUAAUGUAGCUAGAUUCCAGAGAUGAGUGGACUCAUCCAGAGAUGAGUUUCUGUAGUGGAUACAAACAUGUCACAAAUGUGUUGGGGGAGUAGCAACAGUUAUAAGUCAUUAACACUAGAUGGCGAUGCUUUCAUUACCAUACAAGCCUUUAAUUCAAAUAAUUCAACUUCAAACUAAUUGCACUUUUCUCAACCAAGGUCAAUCAUAAACUGUGUGAAAGUCAUAAAAUGUGGAGGUGAAAAAAAUCCAACUGUGAUUAAAUUACAUCAUGAUCUUGAUAGUACUCAAUACCGCAUCAACGUCAGGACCAUCAGCAGGUUUACAUUUAAAAAGGAUAGAAUUCCAUUAUAUUAUAUAAGAACAAGCAAUGUUAUGCUUAUUUUUUCCAAUGGAUUCAAUGACACAAAUACUAAUCUACUCUUUGAAAUCAAGAAACUAAAUGGUGCAUCAUUUCAAGUGAAUGCUGUGCAUUUUGUGUGCGUGUUAGUGUAUAUGAUGGCUAGAUAGUCAAGAACAAUUAUUGCUUAUUUUUUGUAGUAUUAUGAGACAAUCCACAGUGGAAAGACCCAGAGACCAAAGUUACAAAGUGUAUCUGUGUCUGUGUUUCGGGAACUUUUUGUAUCUGU